CAAAGUACAAGCAAUACACUGCGUUUGGGUAAUUCCUUACAGAGCCAGUAUCCUUUAUUCAAAUCUCGGCCGUGAAAAGCAGUUUCGCAAAUGGGCGCACUGGCCGCGUAUUCGCCAGAUACGGCCACACUGUCCACGAAACGGGGAACUCGCAUUGCAUGUGAAAUUAUUUAAUCCUUUAAUUAAAGUUGUUGCGGGCGAGCUCCUGCAUCGGCGCCGCCGAUUGCGUAACAAGGGCCUCUUCGGGGUUUCUGGUCGGAGAGCUCAGAGUUGGUGGCCGGAAUGGCGUUGGCCUUGCGCGUGGCCCGAUUUGCUCCGGGUCCGGCGAAUCAUCGUCGGCGGCUGUUACACCUGUGCACCCUCACCACCACAGCCGCGACUGCCAGCGAUAACCUGCAGAGAGCAGUGUGUUGUCUCCAACCACAACAGCAGCGCAGGCAGUUAUCUACGAAGCCAUCUGCGGCGGCUCCGUCGCAGAUCAAGCGGAAUGUAGCCGCCGAGAUAACCAGCGUGGGCAAGGCCAUCUAUGAGACGGGCUGGGAUGCCAACACGCCCAUCGAGCAGCCAAAGACCGAGCAUAUCAGCCACAGUAGCAGCGACAGCUCUUCACCGCCGGCGCCGCUGGAUACGAAGACGCAGGAUGAGCAGCGCAAGGAGCCGGACACUAUCAAAUCGAAGCGAGAACAGAUGCGGGACAACAUGCAGGACUACAUUUUCACCCGCUACUUUAACUACGUCAAAAACUAUGACAAGGUCCUCGAGAAGAACUUCCCCAAGGCCAUGCAGCUGUACCGGGUGUUCUUUGACGGCGUCAAGGACUUUUUCGGCGACAUGAAGCGCUUUCUGAAGAUUGCCCGCAUAGCCAACGACUCGCCGCAGGGUAUUCGGGCCCUGAAUCGUCAGGAACUGGAGCUGUACAUGCAAAUGCCGCGGGACAUGAUGAAGGUGGCACCGGCUCUAAUCGGCUGCUCCCUGCCCAUGGUGGGCUAUGCCUUCUUUCCCCUCGUGUUUUGGUACCCGCGAACCUUCCUCACUGCCCACUUCUGGACCCCGCAACAGCGCUCCGAUUUCCAGAGCUUCUACAUGAAGCGACGUUUGGGCUACAACAAGGCCGUCUUCCGCUGCCUGCAGGCCAAGCUCAAGGCGACGGCCAAGCAUCCCCAGCACUCUGCCUUCGCAGAAAUCCUGGGCCAGCUGGGCAGUGGGACGCAUCCGACGCCCGAGAUGCUAAUCGACGUCAAGGACAUAUUUGCCGAGGGGCCCUACUCGUUGCUGGGAAUGCCGCGGAAGCAUGUCAGAAACCUGAUCAACCUCCACGGCCUGCCCGGCAGCAUAUUCAAGCGUCAUCGGCUGCACGAGCACUGCUUCCUGGUGCACUACAUGGACCAGGCCAUCACCCGCGAGGGUGGCGUUCACAACUUGACCCCGACUGCGCUGCGCUACUCCUGCUACCUGCGUGGCCUGAAUCCGGACGGUAUAAGCAACGAGGAGAUGAUCGAGUGGCUGCGGAAAUGGGUCAAAGUAUCUACGUCGAUACAGGGCGAGCACAUCACACUGUUCCUACACCUGCCCAUCCUGCUGGGCUACAACCACCCCAACAACUGGAAGACCAUUUACGGGAAACGCGAUCCCUGAGCACCUGGUGCUCGGCCGGGUUGCCUCGUUCGUGCUAUAUUUUCUAGACUGUGCUUUAAAGAUUGGACUGUUGAGAUCACUUUUUGUUUCUUGAAAGCAAAUAAAACUGUUGAAACCAAA